GAGCAUCUUCUUCUAAUGUGCUUUGCGCCCCCUGCCGUAAACCUUCCCAACUGCAACCUGGACAUGUAAACAUAGACUUCCCGGUCCCGCCUCGCAAGUCACGAAGUUCCGUAGAAUAAUCAACUGUCUUUCGCGGUUAGCUAUCAAGAAAGCAGCAUGGCGGAGCUCAAUACCAGUGUUUGUAUCUCAGGAUUUGUUCUUGGGUCAUUGAUGUUUCAGCACUUCAACAGUGACUCUGAUGCAGAAGGGUUUAUUCUUGGGGAGUGCAAAGCUGAAGAGACGAGCAAUAUCACCGACUCCCAGAUAGAUAAUAUUCAAUUCGAGCACUUAAUAAACAUUGAAAAACACAUUCCCUGUCUCAGACUUGGCAGUUUCUAUAAUAACAUUGGAGAGGUGAACCCGGAUGACAUACGGCGUAUUUUGUCCUCUUGUAAGGAGGACAGAGUGAUUGGUUGGUACAGACAACGGAGGAAUACAGAACAGCGAAUGACCUUCAGGGAACAGUUGGUUCAUCAGAACUUGAAGAAAGCAUUGUCCAAUCACGAGCUGGUCUUCCUGCUUCUGACACCAACCAAGGCCACGCCUUCUGGCUCCACACACCGCCUGGAGUACUCUGUGUAUAGGUCACAUGGAAGCCAGUACCAUAAUCUCCCAGUCCUGGUCAGUAACCUGGGAAUGUUGGAGCAGCAGGACUAUUGGCGGUUGUCUGUGCCCUGUUCCUCAUUGAGCUCCUGCCAGGCAGUGAAGAAACACAGGUCUAAGUUCUUCUGUAAGGAUGGGUCCCUGAGCGAGGUGAAUGAGAUCAACAAUAUGAAUGACACCCUGCAGACUGAACUUCAGGCCGCCUGUGUCAAGCUGGAGAAAAGCGAGCGCUCCAUCGAGACGUUGCUGGCAGACAUCUCUGCUCUCAGGACAGCAGUCAACGAGAAGAAGCAGAAGCAAGCCUGCGAAAAAGAUCAGCUUCGAGCUUCAAUCCCGCCGCAGAACGUGAUGCUGUGCGAGGCCAUGAGGACGCUUUUCCCACAAUCCCCUCUGCUGCAGACCCAGACUCUCACCCAGGGGGGCGCCCCGGCAGUGGAGUUCUGUUGCAGCGCCUGUCACGGGUUCGACAUCUCCUCGUCCCUGCCCCUGAUCGAGACCCACUGGGACGCCCAGGCGAGGAAGUGGAGGACGGGCAAGCAGGCAAGGAGCUGGGGGAAACGCGGCCUCGCAGAGGAAUUCCAGCAAACGAAGAGGAAGAGGAAGAGGAGGGGGGCCGACACGGAUAGCGAAGGACCGUUGAUGCUCAGCGGGUCAGAGACCGAGGAUGAGCUGCUAGCCUCUCAGAACGGGAACCAGGAAACGUCCAACUCUCCGGUGUUUUGAAGACCCCUAAUGCCAUUCUGCCUUGAUGUUUGACCUUUUGUUCGCUUAUUAAACUGAUCUACAGACUCACAAUUAACAGUGUAAAACUAGAUGUUGACUAGACUACCUUUUUAAUUUCAAGUUGUGUGCACGAUAAUCAAGGGUGGUUUUUAAAUGAAAAUGGCAGACCUUUAACAAAGCAGGACAAGCAAUGUCCUCAUUUGUUCCAGUGCUAAUCUAAACUCAGGUCAGGGAGACAGGUGUUAGUCCAGGCAGCUUUAUAUGGAAACAUUCCAGUCACAUUUGUACUGUACCCACCAAUGAUACAUGUGAACCCUGCAGCUGUAGCUUAUGAUGUCAAAAAUGUCAAGCCAAUUUAAAUAAUUAUGAGAAGUUGGCAUAAUACCCAGAAAUGGCAGCCCUUGCUGUGCACCUGUGAGAUGUGGAUUUUGACCUGAAGUCUGGCCUGCUUUAUGCUCAACAGUAAUCAGGUUUAGAUUGAUUUAAUUUUGUAUAAUCAAAGGUCUUGACCAAACUGGUAUACAAACAUCAAUGGCUGCACUCUCCUGAAUCAGUGGUUGUACUUCUAGCAAUGGGUGCUGAUGAAUAUGAUUGGGCCUAAGUAAUGGGGGGAAAUGCAUUUCUGAAAGAAAUUGUGUGUUUUCUCCCUGGUGUGUGUGCACAGUUAAAGAAAAAAGCUAAACUGUUUGGGUGACUUUGCAUAUUUAAGCAGAUUAUAUUCUUUAAUUAAAAUGGUCUUUCAAACAUUUGGCUUUCCAUAAUAUGUUAUGUUCAUAGACACCAUAAAGCAUGAUACAUCUUUAUUAACUUUAACCGGGCCAAUGACAUCCUUUUCAAUGACUGGAACCAGACGGCAAGCAAAUACUUUCAGAAGAUAUUUUGUACAAUUGAAAGUGGUUAUUUGCAGUAUUGCAGGUGGCAUUUCAUUGGCUGAGGCUACUCCGGGUGUCUGAUAUUGCAAAUGUUGGGGUCUCGUAGGAAGAUGGGGUCUUUCAAUGUCACCGACAUAAAACCUGUCAAGAAAAAAAUAAAUUCUCAGGAUUAUUAUUCUCACACCUACA